AUGCGAUUCUCUGUGUCCAUAAUCUCCAUGGCCCUCAUCGCAGGUGCUUCUGUCCAGGCGGCCUUGCCCAAAGCCAACGAGUACAAAUCUACAGACUGUGGCGGUGCCCUCAACUAUGGCCAUCACUCGUCUUUCCUCGGCGAUGUCACCAUGGAUGACUCGUCGCACUCGGUCUACCUCGCAGGUACAAACUGGGUUGGAUUCUCUGACAAGACGAGCAACGGGGGUAGUUGCAGCGGAUCGGCUUUGACCUUAUUGCAGGGCGAGUGCAAUAACCUUGACACCUCUCACCCGGGAAAACGUAUCAAGUGCGUCCGCAACAUUGGGUAA